GUCACACUCCCGUGGGUGGCGACGUUCGACUCGUCCAGCCUCAGCCCGGGGAAGUGCCUGGCCCUCGCGCCCGCCUCGCUCGCCUGCCUGGUGGCUCUCGCGAGGAUAAAGGCCCUCCUCAGACACUCGUGGGAGGCCGAGCAGCAGCGCCUCCUGGAGGAUAUCGGAAACAGCAGAUCGGUGGUGGGAGACGGCCUGGCCAUCGGCUACUACGUCGGUUAUUUGAAGAAUCUCUUUUCGGAAUGUGACGGUUUAGACUUCGUAAAACGCCUGAGAUCCUUUAACGAGCAGCACAGGAUGAGGCUGGCUUCACACAAGAUCUACAUCCUCUCCUUCACCUCCUGUACGAACAACCACUCGGCCUUCGAUGUGAUGGACAAAGUGGGAGAGCCCCUGAAGAUGCAGUACACCCGCGGCGGUGUAACAAGAACCAUCAACAACACUGUCUAUCGCGGCCGCGUUCCUGGGAUUUAUCCUGGCGUUUAUUUAGCCGAUGAUGAAUUCUACGUCAUAUGCGAGACUCUUUCUCCCAUUAGUACCAUCAGCAGCAUGGAUUGUGUGGGAUUCUCGAAGGACGAUAAACUCCGGACCCUUCGGCGCCUGACAGCUAAACUAAACGAAUUCCUUCAAGAGGAUCCAAGCAUAAGGGACUACGUAAGGCUCAUGGAAAUCGAUGGUACGGGAUCACAAGCGGCCGAAUCUCUUUUGUUUUGCUGAACUUAUAGUUUGAUAUCAACGAUCGUCGUCCUCUUAAUCAGUUACUGUGGGAGCAAAUAGAAAAAGACCACCGGGAUAUAAAAAAUACGUUGCUGGCCCUUCAAUCAGCGAAGAAAAAACACGAAAUGACGGAACGGAAGUGACAGUUUGUUUUUUUUUUUUUUUUUCUUUUUUUUUUG